GGAUUCAAUUUCUUCCAGCUUGUAUCCUCACUGAUUCCUCAGGCACACUCGCACACUCUUCAACACUCGAUUCUACAAUUUCACCACUCGUGAAUAUGAACACAGACCUCACCACGAGCGUGUUAUAAUUGGCACAAAUCCAUCUAAUGUUACCUGCCACAUGGCGGUGUGCGAAGCCAUCUGUUCUCAUCCAAUUUCCCACCCCAUCUUUACAUAUAGGACCGACAAUAGAGAGCUGGUAGGCAGGACUUUCAUGCAGGUUGUCUGCGAAAAAAACGUCUCGCUAGGACGAGAGAGCAGUAUACAGAAGCGAUCGGUUACAACAACCGGAGCAGGCUCGAGUAAGCGGGAUCUUGAAGGGGAAGGGUCAUUCCGGCCGCAGAACUCAAACCUGAUUCUUGGAAACCCGAAUCAGUUGUUAGUACAUCUCGCCGGGCAGGGUCAUGCAGCAGAAAAGGUUGCCAACUCGUUUUGCGCGGAAGAUGCACCAUCUGUAAUGGACAUGCUUCAAUUUCAUCUGGAUGAAGAAAGCAGCCACCGAGAUCCCUACCUGCGAAAAACUUGCAUCCGAUGCCUACUACAUCUCAAUAAGCGACAUGGUACACUUCCUACAUCAAUGCGGCUUUCCAAGGUUGCCAAAGACGGGUCGCAUCCGGUAUCCGGUGGGGGUUUUGCUGAUAUAUGGAAGGGACGCCUGGAAGACACGCAAACAGCAGUCUGUCUCAAGGUGUUACGAGUGUUCACUGCAACGUAUAAUGAGAAGAAGCUUCUGAAGCAAUUAAGUAACGAAGUUCUCCUCUGGCGGCAGCUUAAACACCCAAAUAUCCUUCAAUUUCUCGGAAUUACUGAAGAACUUUUCUGGCCUAGCUACUGCAUCGUUUCUCCAUCGAUGGCGAAUGGUGAUAUAGUGACGUACUCUUUGGUUCACGGGAGUACUUUGGAUGAGAAAAUCAAGAUGAUGUCUGAAAUAAGUGAGGGUAUACGAUACCUUCACGAACACCAUCCGCCUAUCGUACACAGCGAUAUCAAAGGCUUGAAUAUCCUCGUAUCUGAUGAUGGGGAAUGCUGCCUUGCCGACUUCGGACUCGUCACCCUCGAAAAUGAAUCUUCAGAGGGGCAGGUUCAUGUGAGCACGAGCCAAGCGGUUAUUCGUGGUUCUGUACCAUGGCUCGCACCGGAAUUGAUGAACCCAGAUUAUAUCGGUGUACCUAGUCGGACUACGAGGGAUAUCUAUGCACUUGGGUGCACGAUUUUUGAGCUUCUCACAGGCAACGCGCCGUUUGUAGAGAAGAAGAUGGAUAUUUUAGUUAUGAUAGAGGUUCUGAAGGGGUCGAGGCCGGGUCAACCAUCCGAUUGUCCAGAUUGGCUCUGGGCGGUUGUGGAGAGUUGUUGGAGGGAAGAACUUGAACUGCGCCCGACUGCUGCUGAGGUGGCCAGUCAGUUUGUUUGGAUGUCACGCCAACGCGAGCCAUCUCCGGUUCGUUUGCCUUGCCCGUCUGGGGAUGUUUCUGUGCCAACAGAAAUGUCCGGAGACUCCGAACCAUACGGCCCGACCGGAAGAUCUGGGACCGGAGACUAUGUCUACACCUGUUCCGUUCCAAACACAGAACACACAGAAACGAUACCGACAUCCACUCGGAUUUUUCGCGAGGACGCACUAGAAAUGCAGGUAAUUCAAACCGAGUGUAGUUUCGUUGUCAAACCCGCUUUUGACGACCAGCCUGGUUCGCCACAACUCAAGAAAGGAUGCUUGUGCGUGUAGUUACGUGUUCGGGGUUGCCGUUUUGCGUGUACUGACAGUAGUUUCAGAACGUGCCGCAUUCGUAGAAAGGUCUGCAGACUUCUUUUGCUGAUGAACAUUGAUUUACGCUUGGACUUGAAUCUACUGUAGAAACGUGACUAUCGACGACAAGGAGAAUCAAGUUCUUCGUGCCGGACAUGUGUGAGGCUCAGACUUCCUUGUUACUGGCCACUAACCAGACCGCAAUGGUUGUGGUCGCCGCUAAGGAUAACGCGACUCAAGGACUCGGUAAAAGAGACCCUUUCACGAAGACGAAACGGCCUCUUUCGAGGACUACCAUGGAGAUUGUUUAGUAAACGUUUACGUCACCAAGGUGGCUAUGCCACCGUCGGUACGAUUGGAGAGGUAGAAUCAUUCGAUUCUAGUAGUUUGGGUGAUAAUGACCCUUAUCCUCGCGAUCCUCAACUUCAAGGUGCCUACGAGAGGGAGGAUAUGUGGGAUGAUGUCUCUCUUCAAGAUGCCUGGAAAAACUUCCGAGCGAGAGUCUUUAGCCUAUCCAUGUAGCCGCGUAGCGUGAUCCGAAUGUUACAGCUAUUUGUGUGAACGGCGCUGUGAAGCGUCGGGCGACCGGA